GAGGUGUGAAGUGUUAGAGCUGACCAAUAAGGACGUGCGAACGAUGUGGAAGGUGGCGGUUAAAAUUUGAACCCGGGCGAAGGAGAGGCGCAUUGAGAAAGCCACUCCGACUUGAAUCGGUGUUAAAUUAGACGGUUUUUCUACAUGCGUGCUCUUUGUUGACAUGUCUAGUCCCAUAAUAACACUGCUCCAUGUUGCUGUUGAUGCUGUAGAGUAACCUGAAAAUAGGGAUUACCAUGGCUUCGGAUGGAAAUGAAUGGGAAUUAAGUAAGGAGAAUGUCCAACCUCUUAGGCAGGGGCGAGUUAUGGCUACAUUGCAGGAAGCUCUGGCUCAGCAGGAUGUUUCCAGCCAUGCAGUUAUCCAGCAGCAAAAACGGGAAUUUGAAUCUGAAAUUCGUUUUUACUCCGGAGAUGAUCCUCUGGAUGUCUGGGAUAGGUAUAUCAAAUGGACAGAGCAGACCUUUCCUCAAGGUGGUAAAGAGAGCAACCUCUCCGCUGUGUUGGAGAGAGCUGUUAAAUCACUGAGUGAGCAGCAGAAGUAUUACCAAGACCCUCGGUACCUCAGUCUCUGGCUUAAAUUUGGAACCUGCUGUAGUGAACCUCUGGACCUGUAUAGCUACCUGCACAGCCAAGGAAUAGGCACAUCUCUUGCACAACUUUACAUAACUUGGGCAGAGGAACUGGAAGCAAGAGAGAACUACAAGAAAGCUGAUUUGAUAUUCCAAGAUGGCCUUCUGUGUAAGGCUGAACCAUUGGACAAGCUACAGUCCCACCAUAGGCAGUUUCAGGCUCGUGUAUCUCGGCAGGCCUUGCAAGAUCUUGAACACUACGAAGAAGAGUCAAGUCUUUCUGCUUCUGAACCCCAAAGGACAACACUGGCAGAACUAAAAGGGAGAGGGAAAAAAACAGUGAGAGCCCCAAUCAGUCGAGUAGAAAAUGCUGUGAAGCUCCCAAGCCAGGGUCAGAGGCUCCGGAAUUCAGCUUGUCAGCAGACAUCAAGUUGUCCAGCCUUCGCAGUGUAUGAUGAGAAUGAAGCAGAGGUUUCUAGAGCUGAGCUUCCAAUGCUUGUACCACAGCCAUGGGCAGCCCCUCCAGCAAUAAAGGCUAAGGAGAAUGACUUGCAGGCAGGACCGUGGAACAGGGGGAGGCGUCCUCGAAACAACAUAGACUCCAGUACUGCGGCUCCUGCUGUCCUCCCUAAUUUUACUCCAUAUGUUGAAGAGUCAGCACAGGGCCAAACAGUGACUCCCUGUAAAAUAGAAUCUAGCAUAAAUAGUGUGUUAAGCGCUCGAAAGCCAGGGAAGGAGGAAGAUCCACUACAUCGUGUGCAAAGUCAUCAGCAAGAUGGUCAGGAAAAGAAGGAACAGCCAAUGUACUGCAAAGAGAGAGUAUAUGCUGGUGUUGAGGAGUUCUCUUUGGAGGAAAUCAGAGCCGAAAUUUACAGAAAAAAAGCAAGAAGGAAAACAGAAGAAGAACUACAGACAAUAGCGCAGAAGAAAGCUGAAUUACAAAGGCAAAUUGAAGAGAUGGAGAAGAUGCAGAUAGAGGCACGGAUGCCUGUAGGUGUGAUUUCUGAUGAGCCGGAAGUUCUGAAGCUUCCUCUGGCACAGAGACAGGCCUUGCUGACAGAUACUGUGUCACUUUUUGCGAGACCUCUUCCCAAUUGUUUCUCUUUAAACAGCAAUUUUGAAUUGGAUGAAAACGAUCAACACAGAAAAUCGAGUUUCAGUGAUUCUGAUAUUCUUCCUUCAGUGAUUCCCUCGGUGCCUUUCUCCAUAUUUGAUGAGUCAUCUGCUUCAGAAAACCAGAAUGUCAGUCUUUCUACUCGUCCGCCACUGGUAUGUGCCAAACGUCCUCUUGCUGUUUGCAAAUCUUCGGAAAGUAUCACUGCUAAAGAAAACAUACCUCCUGAACAUUCUGAUGAGCUUCAUGGAAUUGAGCCUCUGAGUGAAGAUCUGAUUGUUACAGCCUCACAUAGAAACAAAACCUUCUGCCCCACCCCUGAAGAUACUUGUGACUUCGUUAUGGCUGCUCACAUUGCUUCAACACCUUUCCAUGGGGUAACAGAACAGAGAAGUUGUCCUGAUGAUGAGCCAAAGGAAGCAUGUCCAGAACCUCAGGCAGCAUCUCUGAGCCAGCACACAAUUGUUAAUGAGAAUCAGUAUGCCGAAGCCCUGUAUGUAAAAAAACUGAGUCCAAUUAUGGAAGCAAGCCAAGAAGAUAUUGGAUCUUCUGCAUCUUCAGCAUCCCCUACAGAAAUCUCCACAAAUAAAUUUGAUGAGACUCCAGAGAACCUGAAAUUGGCUCAUAGUUGCACCAAUGAAUUCACCAGCAACACAGAAAAUUUCUCUAACAGCUCUACAGAGGGAUCGCAGUAUACGGAACAACGGAAACAGCUCAUGCAGAAUCUUCUAGACUUUCUGAUAAAAUCUCUUGACUUUAAAUUAGAGCCUCAGCCUAUGCCUUGGAUGGAAUUAGAAAAAGAAGUUGAUAUAGGCAAUGAAACUUACAGUAUCACUCGUGAGUAUGUUAUCAGUGAAGAUGACAAGAUGUUCUUUGCUGUGUCAGCCAACUUGCUUCAUGAGACCUCAAAUGCAUUUUUAAUAAAGGUGCACUCUGAACCGGUGCCUUGGGACUUUUACAUCACACUGCAACUGCAAGAACGACUAGAUGCUGAGUUUGAUCAGAGCUUCAGCGACGGUUGCACUUGUUUCUUAUACCAGAAUGGCUGUGUGACCCUACAUAAGGAGAUAAAUCGCUAUACUCUUCAGGACAUGAUCCAGCUCUGUACAGUUAUUCCACAAGAAGUGAUCUUGCUGAUUGUUGACCAUCUCCUAGAUGUGGUGGCAAAAUUACACACAGCAGAAAUAGUUCAUGGAAACGUGCAUCCAGCAACGUUAUUCUUGGGAGACAGAAUCUACAAUUCCUUUGCCAGUGCGAAGGCUCCCCAUGCUCUGAAGGUGGUGGAUUUCACUCACAGCCUGGACCUGAAACUACAGCCAAGAAUGAGUUUUCUGAAAGGCUUUCCAGUAGUUCAGACCCAGGCUGGGCAAGAGAUCCUGAAUGAAAAAUCUCUUCCUUACCAGGUGGACCUAAUAGGCAUUGCAAAUACAGUCCACUUUAUGCUGUUCAGGGAAUGCCUGCAAGUUCAUCAGGAAGAAGGCUACUGGAAAAUUGACAGAGAUGUGUCCCAGUCUAUUGACAGUGAUCUGUGGAGUAAGUUCUUUGUGGAACUUCUGAAUGCAAAUGGUAAGUCUACUGUGCCUCUCCUAAGAGAACUAAGAGAAGAAUUGAGAGGUACAUUUGACAGCUCUUUCCUAGAACGCCUGUCUGAUUCUUUGGCAAAGCUGGAAGACCUUUUCAACACUGAGAGCACCUUUUGAAAUAGACCAAACACAUUUUCAAUGUUUUUUUACUCUUCUUCCCUGCCUGAUUCCCAAGAGCUGGGACUUGGUGCUUUUAUUCUUUCACUUCUGUGUAUAUAAAGAAUUGGUAUGACAUUUACAAUCCCUUCUUCAUGACUUUUGAAAAUGCUUGCUGGUACCUUAAUUCUACGUACUGUCAAUAUUUGCUUUCACUGAACUUCUGUUCCAUUAAAUCUUCAUAUUAUAGCUGUUGAACGUUUAGUAUUGAUCACUCUGUGAUAUGGAGUUCACUGUUCAAUAAAAAUGUUGUAAUCAUG